AGUGUUAUAAAAUCCAAAUCAUAGAUGCUUUAUUCAGAUGAUAUUAGGAUAAGGCUGCGCUGACCAUGUUGGUGCCGUGAUACUGGAUUUUUUUCUCCACUGCUAGCUUUUGAUUUUCACUUCCUUGUUAGGGCUAUAAAUAAAAUAGAUAGUCUCAUAAAGAUAUUUUAAAAAACUUAAUUUACAGAAAAUGAUCUUCAUUAAAAUUUUAGAUUAUUAGUUUUACUGGUUAUUACUAUUAUUUCGAUACUAAUUAUUUGCUGUCUUUAUGUAUAUUAUGACACCUCGAUAGACGUCAGCGAACAGGAAACAAGGGAAGCUACUGUAAUAUAAAUGCUGUUUCAUUUCUAUAGUUGCGUCCCAUUCAGUCAACGGGCUCGUCCCAUCGAUACACGACUGACAGGAAAGAGUGAUGGGAAGAAUCAAGCCGACCUUGCGAAAUUCCUCCAUCUUUAUUCACAAUGGCGACUGCAUCAGACGAGCCAAACGACAGAGAAUGUACAGUGUGCAUGAAUGACUUUGACGUACCGAAGAUUUUACCAUGUGGACAUCUUCUGUGUAGAAAAUGCGUCAUUUCCUGGAUGGACACGAAGCCAGACGCCGGAUGUCCGUUAUGUAGAUGUCUUAUAACAGAUGUGCAAGGGCAGGUAAAUCCAACUGCAGUCGAUGUUGCUGACGCCCUGCCAACAGACUUCAUGAUGCAAGCGCUGGUGGAGAGCGCUCGUGUGCUGGCAAAGGAUCCAGUUUGCUGCGCGUGCGAAGACGUGGCUGCUGACUCCAUCUGUGUGGAGUGCCUGGACAUGCUGUGCUUGUCGUGUUGUCGAGCGCACAAGAAGACAACCGUCUCACGCCAUCACAACGUGGAGAGUCUCAGCACUGUGACACCUGAACGUCUGGCUGCCAGCCGCCCUGCACUGUGUGCUGACCACGGCGACAAACCGGCGGAUUUCUUCUGCAUCGACCACCGCUCGAGCUGUGUGUGCCUCCUGUUGCAUCAUCAAGCACAGAGAGUGUUCGGAGGUCAGAGAGAUGAACGACGAAAUAGCUUUAGCGGAAAAUUCUCUGAAGGUUUUGACCAUCAGACUCGUUAAUAGGGAGCAGAGACUGGAGCGCGCGAUAGCUCAGCUAGAAGCGCGUGUCCGCGACGAUUACCUCAGCGAACUAGAAGACAUAAAGCAAGCGAACAUUGCAUGUGACCGCCUGCAGAAGCUGGUGGAGGCUACUCGUGACAAGAUAAAGGAGACGAUCGGGUCAUCGCAUUUCAGAGCCAUGAAAUCCCUGCUAAGUGUCAAAGGCUCGCUGUGCACACAGUUGUCCAAGCUGAAGGCUCACAAGCAAGUGGCGAUGCGAGCGACAACAGUUGCAGCGAGGCCUUCACUGAUCUACGCCAACCAGGCUCUCACAGACAGGGUCAACAACCUUGACCUCGACGCUGACUUUGAAGUGGAUGUGAGCACGAAUCCCUCGAUGAACAUUAGAGGCUGUGAAGAGCUCGUCAGACGGGUGGAGAAAGAACUGGCGAUGAUGGGGCAACAGACUAAAGCACCUCAGGCACUGCAACUCACCUUCCACGCCAACCGCGGCAACAGCAUCCUGCUAACUCACGACAAGAAGACAGCAGAGCGGGUGGCUGCGGACAACGCUCUCUUUAGCAUGGGCGGCGUUGUGGUGUCGUGCGAGGCGCUGGAAGACAACUGGCUGUACCAGGUUCGGGUGGACAAGACUGACCGAAAGUGGAAAAAAAUGCUUUAUGGAGUAGCUGGACUACACCCAUCCAACCUCAGCAUACAACAACAGAUACUGGAAAUGGCGGAUAGUAUAAUCAUAAAGGAGUUUGGUCUUCUCACAACAGCAGAGGGCAAUGUGAAAGAAGGAAGUGUCAUUGGAAUGACAGUAGACUCCUUCAAUAACCUUCACCUUUACUUUGAUGGGAAAGAGGUUGGUGUAACGGCUCAGAAUGUUCCUCGACCCUGCUACGCCGUCUUUGACCUCUGUAACCAGGUGGUGAAGGUGACAGCACUUCCUGUUGUAAAGUUAGAGACAGGUCACCCAGAGAACGGAGAAAUGUCCUGGAAAAUUGUGAAAGAAAAAUAAACUUUGCAACUUGCAACACAAACGCUUCUUCGUUUACCAGUGUUCAAACCACGCGAACUUCAAAAGAACCAUCUUACAGCUGUGUAAAGUAAAGAACAGAAAAGAAACCCAACUGGGUGCUAGAGUUUCUGGUGUUUUCCUUGUGUCAGUUCGUUCUUUUCGUCACUUUGCUUUCUAGUGAUCAUUGUGCUCGUAGUCCUCAUUCAUCAUA